GGAGACUGAAGGAGGGACAACUCUCAGCAGCAUCACCCGAUCUGGGACCGUUAAUGUCCGUCAUAUGGCGCAAAUUGUUAUUUUAGUGCACGUUUUCACGCACCAUCCCAGCCAGCCGUCCAUGUCAUGACAGAGUUAUAUAAGGUGUGCAGGGGCAUCCAGACAGAGAUCCCCAUGAUGCAGCUUCUCUAUCUGCGUCUGUUAAGACACAGCCCUAAGACAUCAUGGGAGGCGUGGCGGUGGACGUGGGUGCGGACAGAGUGAAGGCACCCGAUGGAGGGUGGGGCUGGGCAGUGCUGGCCGGCUGUUUCGUCAUCACAGGCUUUUCCUACGCUUUCCCAAAAGCGGUCAGUGUAUUCUUCAAAGAGCUGAUCCUGGAGUUUGGGGUGGGAUAUAGCGAUACUGCCUGGAUCUCCUCCAUACUGCUGGCCAUGCUCUAUGGGACAGGUCCUCUGUGCAGCAUGCUGGUGAACUGCUUUGGCUGUCGUCCAGUGAUGAUGGUGGGGGGCCUCUUCGCCUCUCUGGGAAUGAUCCUUGCCUCCUUCUCCACCAGCAUCAUCCACAUCUACCUCACUGUUGGGGUCAUUACAGGUCUGGGGUUAGCCCUCAACUUCCAGCCAUCUCUGAUUAUGCUAAACCGCUACUUCAGUGAGAAGCGUCCUCUGGCCAAUGGGCUGUCAGCAGCUGGAAGCCCCGUGGCCCUGUGCUGCCUCUCACCACUGGGCCAGGUCCUCCAGUACCAGUACGGAUGGAGGGGGGGCUUCCUCAUCUUGGGUGGCCUUCUUCUCAACUGCUGUGUGUGUGGGGCCCUUAUGAAGCCUCUGGUCGCCCCCAAGACCAUCCCAACCAAGGACAUGGAGCAGGACACAGAGGAGGGAGCAGAGGAAGCAGAGAGGAAGAAGAAGAAGCCCAAAGCCAAACUGCUGGACUUCUCUGUCUUCAAAGACUGCGGGUUUGUCAUCUACACUGUAGCAGCCUCCAUCAUGGUGCUGGGGCUGUUUGUGCCUCCAGUGUUCGUUGUGAGCUAUGCUAAAGAGCUGGGGAAUGAAGAUACCAAAUCGGCUCUGCUGCUCACUAUCCUGGGCUUCAUUGACAUUUUUUCACGGCCCACGUGUGGUGUGAUUGCUGGGCUGAGCUGGGUGCGGCCUCGUUGCGUCUACUUAUUCAGCUUUGCUUUGAUCUUCAAUGGAACCACUGACCUGGUGGGGUCACAGGCCAAGGAUUAUACAUCUCUGGUGGUCUACUGUGUCUUCUUUGGCAUCUCCUACGGCAUGGUGGGAGCCCUGCAAUUUGAGGUUCUCAUGGCAAUAGUUGGCACUGAGAGGUUCCCCAGUGCCAUUGGCCUGGUUCUGCUCAUGGAGGCCAUUGCUGUGCUGGUGGGGCCACCUGGUGCAGGGCGGCUGCUCGAUGCCACCAAGAACUACAUGUAUGUCUUCAUACUGGCAGGGAGCGAGGUGGUCCUCGCCGCUGUGGUUCUGGCCACUUGUAACCUCCUUUUUAUUAAGAGGAAACCUUCAGCUCCAGCAGACCAGCUGGAGAAUGUCACAGUGACAGAUGACGAUGCCAAGACAGAGGUGUUCAGUAAACCUGCAGAGGUUAAUGAUGAAGAGGAGAAGGAACCAGGAGAGGAGCAAGAGAAUGAGACUGUGGAGGAGGCGAAAGAGGAAUUAAAGGAGGAAGAGGAGGAGGAGGAGGAAGAGGAGGAGAGAGACAAGGAGAAAGUAGAGGAGGUCAGGCAAGAGAAUGAAACAGCAGACUCACAGGAAGUGGAAACGUUGUUGAAAGAACCACAGCAGAACGGUGACGCAGCCGUCAGUGCUGAAGCCUGAGCAGGGACGGAGGAUGCUGGACAGGAUUAUACCUGCAGGCUACACACACUUUUUUCUUUUAGAUAAUCCAGCAGCAGGAUGAAGUGUUUUGUGAAGUGCUCCCAUGAGUCCCCUGCUGGUCGGUUGUGCCGUCAUACAGUGCGUGUUCAUGUGCAAGUGUUUGUCGUUUGCAGGGGGGCGGGGGGGUCAAUCUGUGUCACUGCCAUAGGGAACAUUAAGAGUUACUGUAUGUUAUCAAUUCCUGAGCACUAGAUGUUUUAAAGUGUGGUGGUUAAUAGGAGACAGUAGAAGAAUUCAGUUGCAGCACUGCCUUGUUUGUACAGUUUAUAUCACAAGUUAUAUUUUGAUGUAGCCACCAGCAAAUAAAGAUUGGCAAUAUUCUGUAUUGGUGUCAACAAAUCACAUGGAAAUGAGCUUUUAGCUGGAUCUGGUGCAACACAUGUAUUAAAGAGCUUCCUUUUAAAUGAAAUAAAUAUUAAACACCAACAAUCAGUUUAUCCUACAAAAGGCCUGCUCACAUCAGAAAAGAGCACAGUACAGCUGAUCCAUGCACCUCUGCAAACCAACCUGUCCAUUGUAAACAAGCAAAGCUGCCGUAGUGAAGUUGUCUUAAUGCCAAUAUAGUGGGAUCUCUGUUACCGUAGUCCAGGAAGUUUGAGCGCUGAGUUUAACACGCAGUUGUCUGCUUUGUAUCUGCAAACAGAUGUUCACAGAAGCACUUCUUUUUUUCAGUGUCUUUGUGUAACGUCACUGCUGAUGUCACAGAUUUUAUUCGGUCUCUUUUUUUUCUUUUAUUUUUUUACAAAUGCAAAUAUUUUCUACACAAGGACAAUAUUAUUUUUUACAAAUAGAAAUCCUUUCUACACAUGUGCAAACUUGAAUUUCUCAUGCAGAUUUAUUUUACAGGUUUAUAGAGAGGCUGAUUUACUUCACUUUGGCAUUAUUUCUGGGUGUCACUUUACAAGUUCAAAAUCUUUCAUUUGAGCACAUAAACCCACACUUUUUCAAAAAGGUCCACGAACCAUAUAUUAUACCAGAAAAUUACUGAAUUAUCUUUGCUAUGUUCAGGGAACUGGAGCUUGUUUGCUGGGGUAUACUGUGUGUCGCAUUUUUCCGACACAUGACACAGACCUACGAUCUGGCGGUGUGUGAGCAUGCACCCUCCUGACUUGCAGAAAGCCCUUGCAGAUUUUUGUCACACACACAGUGACGGAUGAAAUGUCCUGAGAAAGGACUGAAAGGCCUCGUGUGUCUCCCUGGGGAUGAACUAAAAGUUGUGACCCUGUAACUCAUUUGUAAGUAUUUUUCUGAACUGUUCUUAACGGUGUUGAUACUGGCAACUUCCACAUGAUGUGUGCAGGUGUUGUUGCUUUACGUAGUAGUCAUGACAGAUGUGGUCAGAAUGUGCAGUAAAAUGUUCCCUUUGUAUGAGCUGCCAAACAUGAUGUCAACAUUAAACCCUCAAGAGGGACAGAAGCCAGUCUUUGGUUGUUCGGUUUUGCAGAUUAUAGAUGAAUCUAAAUUAUUCAGCCUCUUCAUGUACUGUAUGUGCAAUAUGAAGCCUUACUCCAUCAAUAAACUUGUACAACAAAAAUGAA